CGAAAAAAUAGUGCUAUGCUUAGCAUCGUAGUGUGGGGGUUUGACAUCGCUUGGGUCUAACUUUUUUUAAUGAGGGCAGAGACAUCAAAGACCGGAAAGACAAACUCAGGGCAAAAAGCUCUGCAGACGGAGGUGGGCUUGGUUGUGAUGUGUUUACGGAGCUAAGGUUAACCUGACAGACAAGUCUGCUGCUGUGUGUCAGGCCUAAAACCUGUAGUUAGCCUCACCAGCUGCCACCGAAGACGACAGUGGAGAGUAAAGAGCUCUGUGGGAAGGUAAUGCAUUGAGGCAGCAAUGGACACCACAGGCAGUGCCACUGAGGGCGACCCUCUGAAGAGAGGAGAGGAUGGGGCAGAGACAGGAACAGCACCAUCAGCUGAAGAGCUGAAGAAGAAGAGUUGCCAGGGUUUGGGUUUUGCCAAACUGACUCAUUGGCGUACCGCAGUGUUCUUCUUCUCCUUGUUCCUCUGCCUCACCAUAGUGUUUGCCUUCUCCUUCAUCAUUCCCUGUCCUGUCCGACCACAGUAUCUCGUUAGCUGGAACAGGACUUUCUCUGAAGCAGCGACAUAUGAUUUCUUAGCCAUUGAAGAUACAAGCAAAGACAAGGUAAUGGAUGUCCUGUUUGUCCUCAAAGCCACAGAAGGCAGUCAGAACAACUCAUGUGCUGGUGCAGGUCUGCCCUCGCUAUGUGUGUUCCUAUCAGCGGUGGAUGGGACAGAUGGGGAGACCCUGUGGGAGCGUCCACUGGCUGCAGAGUUCCACUGGGCCCAGUGUGGUCUGGAUGAUGAUUCAGGCAGAGCCUGGGACUGUCUGCUGUCCCAUUCUGACCAACUCACAGCUGUUGACAAAUACACUGGUAAAGUCAGCUGGCAGCAGCCUCAGCCCACUGGUCUGCGCAGCACUGUGCCGGUUCUCAGUGUCCCAGAUCUGGAUGGGGAUGGGGCCCACGAUGUAGCUCUGGUGGCAUCUGACAACACACAGACGCAGCUGGUGUUCCUCUCAGGGAAGACAGGGAGCCAGAUUGGUGCUACGGUGGUUCUUGACUCCACAGAGACAGCCAAUCAUCUGCUCCAUCGCAGUAGCAAAGGCUCUCACUAUGUACUGCUACAAAAAGACACUGGCUUGUAUGGAUUGGCACUGUGGAGGAUUGCUGCCAAGGCUAAAGCAGGAAUGGAGGCAGGCCUCAAGAAAGAUAAAAACUGGGAGGAAAAUGCCAGUGAACCAUCUGGACUUGUUCCCAUCUAUGAAUCUGAUUCAGUGAAACAAGUGCUAAGAACAGGAGAAAUAGAUGGCUCACCCAACCUGCUGCUGGUGACUGGGAAGGAGGUGGCAUUAAUCGAUGGAAAACAUUUGAAGCUACUGUGGAUAUUCAAUACCAGCUCCAUCCUCAGUGAGCCCUCCUUUGGCCACUUUAACAAAGACGAUAUACUUGAUGUUGUGGUCGAGGAGGAUAUUGGCAACCACACAAAGCGGGUAAUAAUUCUUGAUGGGAAGUCCGGCGGUGUGUUGUGGGAAGUCAGUCUUCUGGCCAGUCCCAACUCACCGAGACCCGCCUCAAUACACACCACCAACUACUUCUCUGUCUUUGUGUUUUGGGGCAUGAUGCCCUCAGAGACCAACGUGUCUGAACCAUUAAUGAGUAACCGACACUCAUACUUGCUCCACCCUCUCUAUUCUAAAGUCCUCCUUGAGUCAACCAGUUUCAUGGAACACAUUAUCACAUUUAAAGCCACGCUGCUGGAGCGCGGACGCCACGCUGCCUACAUCAUGCUGACAGGUCCUCGGACAGAGGGAGCUGAAGGCACUGUGGUCCUCAGCAAGCGAAAGCUGAAGCAAGACGUCCCUGACAGCAAUGUACUCCGUAUCGGGACCGACGCGAGUUCAGAGUCCAAUGAGGACAUAAAAGAGGCCUUCAAUCGUCUCCGCUUCAGCGAUUGGUGAAAGGACCAACAUAGCUGACUGUAUGGUGGCUUGAAAACCAAAGUGUGCACACUCGCUAUGACUUUCCAACUGCUGACAACCAAAAAAAAUUCCUUUGUGUUUAGAGACUUGACUUGAUUUGACAGGGCUCUUCCAUUAAACUGGGCAUUAUGUUUUCAGACUUGACUGCAUACAUACUAUCAUGAGUUUGAUCUUACAUAGCGUCUAAAGAACGACUGUUCCCUGACAAUCACUCAGCAUUUCUGCUCUUGCUGUACUGUUUCUAGCACUUUUAUGCAUCAAUGCAAUGCCGUUUUUUUUAAUGCAGAGGCUGGAAUAUUAUUUGAACCUAUGCAACUUUAUGUCAUACAGGUCUUUAAAAAUAGCAUGCCACCACAGGUGGUUGUUCCUUUUGUAUUUCAACUUUUAGUGGCCUGAAAGGAAUAGUUGCACAAUGACAGGACUUUUCUUUUAGUACUUUUUCUAAAACUUGUACAGUAAAACAGACAGAUGUACAUUGAAACUUGAAAUAUGACAAAAAAAACAAACCCUGCCAACCUUAUGGUAUACACUGUGGUUACUUUUUUUUAUUUUUACGUAUGCUGUUCGCUGAAGAGAGGCAGUUUUUGUAGUCAGUGGUACUGGUGUCGGUAAUCAAAACGCGUGUACUUACUUAAUCCAAGAUGCUGUAACUAAUUAUCUUUAGUGCACACGGACUAAACCGUUGAGGUUUUCCAUAAUAUUGAGUUACUGCUGUGGGUUUGUGGCUCCUUUGAAGUGGCUGUUUUUGCUGUACAUUAAUGUGUUGAACCUGUGGGCUUUUUAUUGGAGCUGGCUUUUCUUUCUGACUUUGUGUUUGAAUUGAGCAAUAUUAAACAAUUUUAAACAUA